AUUCACCUCAACUACGCCACGGCCUGCAGCCUGCAGCCUGCUCCUGUGUGCACCUGAGGACCAAAGACGAGAAAAGGCAGCAUGGAUGUAAGUACCUCAUCAAAUUCUCAGAUCUCUGCACCGCACGCUGACGCUCUGUGUGGCAGCUGCCCGUCCUCUGGUUCUGCCCCACAGGCUAACAGCAUUUGGCCGAGCCUGCCGCAGUCUGGAGCAGCAUGGCCGGGACAGCCCACCCAGCCUGCACCGUGCUGGACCGGCCAGCCAAACACACCCUGCUGGACUGGGACACAACCAGCUCCGGUCCCUGUCAGUGCUCCAAUUUCGUUUCCGGCUCAAAAUCUAACGCCAGCCCCCGCACCUGCCACAACCGUAGUCCAAGCUCCAGCUCAAGUUGCAGCACCGGCUCCGGUGCAGCCCUGCUGGCCAGGCACCCAGUGCCAGCCUCCCCAGUACCAGUCUCCCCAGUACCAGCCUCCUCAGUACCAGCCAACCCAGUACCAGCCUCCUCAGUACCAGCCUCCUCAGUACCAGCCAACCCAGUACCAGCCUCCUCAGUACCAGCCUCCUCAGUACCAGCCUCCCCAGCCACCAGCUCCAAUUCAAGUACAAGUUCCUGCUCAAGUUCCAGCUCCAACUCCGACUCCAGUCCCAGUCCCGGCACCUGCUCCUUCUACCGGCAUCCGCCCAAAUGUGUGGCCUGCCCACCCUAGCUGGCCUUAUAACCCGGGACAGUCAGGUUGGCCUGGACAGAACCCAGCUAUCAUGCCUCCACACUGGCUUCCACCCACAUCUGGACCUCUUAGUGUGCCAUACAACUUGAACCUGGCCCGAGGGGUCUACGACAAGAUGAUGAUGACCAUCCUGGGCCAUGUCAAACCCAACGCUAAAAUGUUCACAGUGAACUUCCUGAGAGGCAGCGACAUUGCCUUUCACAUCAACCCCCGCUUCAGUGAGGGGGGCAAGCAGGUGCUGGUCCGUAACCACAAAGUGGGCGAGCACUGGGGCCCAGAGGAGAGGGACCUGAAGGGGCCCUUCCCCUUCGCUCUUGGGAGCCCAUUUGAGAUGAAGAUCCUGUGCACUCAGGAGACGUUCAGGGUGGCAGUGAACAACUUCCCGCUGUUUGAGUUCCGACACCGAGUCAGAGAGCUCAACCAGAUCGACAGAAUCAACAUCCUGCAUGACGUCGUCCUCACCUGCGUCAAUGUGGAGACACUUCCAUAGGAAGCCAAUAUUAAUCACACAGAGACACAGACGUGUAUGAGUGUUGUAAAUGCAUAUGAGCAGGACUGCAUGCAAAGACACAUGAAGACAGACACAAUCACACACAUAUACAUCUGUAGGCUGCAGGAACUAAACUUUCCAGUUCAUCAUGAUGCUAAUAGAUCGAACAAAUGUGUCAAUAUGCCAUGUAAUAAUAAUUAUGACAUGAGCUGAGCUCAUUCAUCGAUAUGCUAAUUACGCUACCACAUAGCUAAACAUUUAAUACACACGAAGCUUCCUUCUUCACCAUGUGGAUGCUACCGCUGCUGUGAACAAUAUCUUCUAUAUUAUUAAAUUGCUACUAACUGAGAAUUAAACGUGCUAAUUUUGCCACACAAAAUACAAAACAAUGAGGUCUGUUAGUCCUCUGAGGUUCUGUUAACUGCAGUUAUUCUUAAAUAAAUAAAGUUAUCACAUA